GAUUAUUGAUGCCUGACAGAAACGCCGCCGGGUUCCUGUUCACUCUCAGUGCAUCUGCAGGACUUUUCCAAUUUCAUAGCGUCAGGCUAAUAAAGCUAACUAUUUUCAUUUUGCACCCCAUCCUGAUCAGGGUCCCACUGGGUCCAGUGUUGGUUUUACAGAGAGUGAUUAUUACUGAAUCAAUCUGCUGGAUUAUUUUCAUUUUUUUCUCUCUGAAAGUAAUAACCUUGUUAACAUGAAGGCGCGGCGUUAGCGCUGUGCUAAUGCAGGAAAGGAUUUUCUCUUGUAGGUCACUCGGAGCGUACAACAGUCUGACCGAUAGACACCUCGCCGGUUACUUCAACAAUGUCCGGGUCAGGAAACACCUACAGAAAGUCGGACUGAUCAGCAGGAGCGGCCGGAUCGUCCCGGAGAAGGAGCACCGGUACCGGUUACUACAGCGGGCGCAGCAGAAGCAUGUCCGGGAGUGUCUGGCUCAGGCCGUCUUCUACCGGGUCCUGGAGAUGGAGCGCCUCCAUCAGACUGAGAUCAGGAGGAGACUGGAGGACCACGCCCGCAGGGAACGGGUUCACAAAAUCAAGGUGGAGCGUUCGAACCGCUACGAGGAGGAGGCGCUUAUGAUCCUCUCACCACGCCCACCCACAGGACCCAGGAACCCCCGCACUCGGCAUUCUGGACCAGAACCAGACGUGUCCGACUCCACAGACUCACUGAACUCCUCGAGACCAAACACGGCUCCUGGGAAGAUGCAGCGUCCCGUCCGUCUGAAACCGCUGAACAGUAACAGCUCAACCACCUCCACCAAACCCCAGAACUCAGCUCAGUACAGGAACCAGGGGCCUGACCACGCCCAUCUACUGCUCAACUCAGCGUUGGACAGAGACGUACUGAAACACUUCACACUGACAGAUUUCACCAGCGCCGCCUCCCCCUACAGACUUCCUGUCACCAACAACUUCGUCACCCCUGUCCCCCCACUGAACAGGAACAAGGACAGAGGGCAGAAGGGGAACGGGGCGCUGCGGGGUCGAAGGUUACGCCCCACCACCACGCCCAACGAUCCUGCAGAGACUCGGGACGGGGCGGUUCAGCGGGUGGCGUCCCGCAGCGCGGUGUCGGUGAGGAUGGUGUAUUUGGGGAAGAGCGUGCACCUCUCACACGACCUGAUGGAGGUGAGGGACGAGGUGAAGGUCUUCCAGCAGCACUGCGGGGGCGAGAACCUCUGCGUCUAUAAAGGGAGGCUCAGAGAGGGAGAGUCGUUCCAGUUCGUCUCACGGCGUCACUCUGGAUUCCCCUUCAGUCUCACCUUCUACCUGAACGGCCUGCAGGUGGAGCGGCUCAGCUCCUGCUGCGAGUUCAAACACAGGAGGAGCUCGCGGCUCGGGGGGCGCCACGCCCACUUCGGCUUCUCCGGGGUGGAGGGAGCCGCACCCUGUUACAGGUGCAUCAUCGCUCUGGGUUUGGAUAAAAAACCGUCUCCACCAAAACAAGUGAAGGAGGAUCCGCUCGCCCCCGGAUCUCAGUCGAACUGGAGAGAGGCACCGAGCGACUCCAAACCUGAACCGGGUUCCUCACAGGGGACUCCAGGAGACCCCAAACCCAAAAACGAUUAUGAGAAAGAUUUUGAAGCUGAUGAUGAAGGAGUGACUCAUGAUGGAGCUGAUGAAGAUAACCAAACAUCACCUUCACCCAGCAGAGAGGAACACCAGGAGAACAGAGACCAUGAGAUGAAGCAGAACCCUGACUGGGACAGCGACCCACAACAUUCAGAGGUGAGAAGAUCCUCGUCCAUCUCCUCCAGCCUCUCCAGCAGCUCCUCCAGCGAUGAGGAGGAGAAAGAUGAAGAACAGAAGACUAGAGUCACUGAGGAGAGUCGUGGAUCAGUGGAGAAGCGGCUGAUGGAGAACCCACCACAGGACCUGAAUGAGACCAUGCAGGGACAUGAUGAUGAGACUGAGGACGUUGGUGAUGGAGGUGAUGAUGAUGAGAAGUAUGAUGAGCAGAAGGAAGCUAAGUCUGUACAGGAGAAAUUAGUAGAAGUGAUUUUAAACACCCUUGAAGCUUCAUCAGAACCUGAACUUAGUGACUCCACCACCGAGGACGAGGAACAAACGUCUGUUAGAAAGCAGCAGCACACAGAAGAAGAAGGUGACGCAGCGCAGACGGCCGAAGCUUCACGAGAAAUCAGUUCUGAGAAAAAUCAACCUGAACGAGAAGAAACUACAGACGGACGUCAGUCCAGCGAGAAGCUAAAACAGGAAACACACGGAACACAAGAACCUGAAAUCAAAACUGAGAAAACAGAAGAGGAUGGAAAGCAGGAGGUCGAGGAACCUGUGGAGGAACAAACAGAGGAGGAAGCAAAAGAGAGAGACGAAGCAAAAGGAGAAUUAGAAAAUACAGAUACAGAAUCACCAGGAACAGAAAUAAAUAAAAACAUAGUAAACACUGAAGAACCAGAAGCCACAGCAGAGGAUGAAGAGAUGGACCUGAAGGAGAGAGCAGAACAUCGUCCUGAAGAACAGUUUAAAAGUUCAGGUCUCAACAUAAACCAGGAUGUUAAGAUGGACGACCCUGAAGAACCUGAGGAAGACAUGGUGAACAUGACUGAUGGAGAAUCUCCUUCUGCAACCACAGUUACUGUGAAGGUCGAGACAGAGGAAGAAGAAGCUGAAGAAUGUUUAGCAGAAACUAAUAAUCCAGAGGAGAUACAAGAUAGUGCCAGAGAAGGCAACACUGAUCUUAAAGAAGCAGAGGACACACCCAAAGAUUUAGAAGUAAAAGAUCCUGCAGUAAGUCUCAACACAAAAGAUGAAGACAAAGAAGAUAAAAAUGAGAAAGUGGGAUCUGAACAUGAUGAAGAUGGUAGAUUAGAGACAGAGAUAAAGGAAGGAUCAGAAACACCUGUAGAAGAUCAGGUACCAGAAGCUAAAGACAAGGAAGAAAGAGAGAACAAGACCAAGCCUGAGAACUUAGAUAACGAGGAAACGGUGGAUGGUACAAACCAACCAGAUCAUGAGUCUACAAGUGAAACGUUUCUGGAGAACAUUGAGGACGACAACACAGAUAAAGAAGAACCCACAGCAGAACCCACAGCAGAGAACCAGCUAGAACAUGAAAACAUGUCUGCGAAUAAAGAUGAAAUACGGAAGAAAGACUCUGAUCCACCAGAAGAACCAGAGGUAGAUAAAGAAGUUUAUCAAGAGCAGAUAACAGAAGCUGGUGGAGAUGAAGUGAAGAUACAGGGAGAGCUUCUGAAUGAUGAGACAGAGAAAAUCAGCGGUGAAGAACAGAACGAAGAUUCCAACCCAGUUCUCCAAGAAACCAUGGCCAGUGGUGCAGGAGAAACAUCAGAAACGGAUCCACACAAUGGGGACGGGAUCAUCAAUGCCCAUCAGGAAGACGUUAACAAGGAAGAGAAAGAAGAAAAAUCUGAAGAAGAAACAGAAGAUACUGAACAACAAGAAAAUGAAGAUGUUCCAGAUGAGCAGCAAAAAGAUACGACACCAAACAUGAAAUUAGAGAAAGAUCUGAGCAGUGUAGAAGAGGUACAAGAUGAGCAGAACUCUGGAGAGCAGGUAAUCAAUGAUGAAGAUGUAGAAGAACACCAAAAUAAUGAGAAACAAGAGACUGACCACAAUCGCCAGCUCCAGCAAGAGACAGUAGAUGAAGAUGGUCAAGGUGAUCAGAAAGAAGAGGCCACCCAAAGUCCAGAAAUAAAGCAAGAUACAAGCAGUGAAGAACACGGUGUACAAGGACAGGAACAUAAGGAAGAUCCUGAGAGAGAAGUGAACCAGGCAGCUACAGAAAACACAACAAUUGUAGAAGAUCUACAAGAAGAUCAGAAUGCUGGUAAACCUGAUAUAGAAAAUUAUUCUGACCAGAACACAGAAACUCAAGAUACAUUCAUGAACGAGGAACCUGAACAAGAUGAAGGAAACGCUGGAGAUAAUGAGAAUGACGAAGAGAUCAUCCAAAAACUGGAAAUACAUCAAGAGAUGGUUGAUCAUGAUGUCAAAGAUAAACAGGAAGACCAUGAGAAACAAGAAGAUACUGAUGAUAUCAUGAAGGUAGAGCAAUACCAAACCAAUGAAGAAGCUCUUCAGGAUGAGCAGGAAGGUGAAGCUCAUGAGAAUCAAACUGAGAUCAACCAAGAGAUAAUAAAUCCAGAAGAAAGGAAUGAGAUGCAUCUCAACAGUUUUAAUAAAGAUGAUCAGAUAGACGGAGAUCAUCAGAACAAAGUGGAAGGUAAAGAAGAUCACCAGAGUUUUGAGGUUCCACAGGAUGAUCAGAACAUUGGAGAACAAAGUAAAAUGGCUGAAUCAGAACCACCAGAGGUUGAAAGCAAAGCUGGAACUUCAGAACUGAACGUUGAAGACGUUGGUACUCCAGGGGAGGAUCUAGUGAGGUUUAGCACCAUCACAGAGAUCAUACGUGUCAAUGAUGCUGAAGAAACCAGGAGCGCUUCUGAAGAAGGCAGCACAUCAGUGUCCAAAGAAUCGCAGCUAGCGGUGAGGGAACCACCUUCAGAAAUAGAGGAGGACGAGCCGGGAGUCAGAGAGAGCGCAGAACUUAUCGUUGCUCCUCAGGCAGAUCAUGGAGAUUUGGUCAGCAACUGGGUGAACGUCCACCAAGCCGCAAAGUAUUUUGAGACGUUUGUGGAGCCACUGGAGGACAUCAAGGGUCUCGCUGAGGACGGGACCAUAAACACUGAAGCUCUGGAGACUCGGGACGUCGGUGAGAACGAGGACGCUGCAACCCUAAAGAUCAACCAUGAGGAGCUGAAGGACACGGCGGUGGAACGACUUCAAACUCAGACUGAAGCUCCAGAGCAGCAGAGUAAAAAUAAUCAGUCAGUGACGUCCAUCAGGAAAAUAUCUGAGGAACAAGAGAGAAGUUCUGAGGCAGAGGAACGUCAGGAUCUGAUCAUAGAGAACGUGAUCAGCGCAACACCUACACCAGUGGUGACCUUUCAGAUUAGUCAAGAUAGCUAACGCAAAAACUAUAACCAUACCAAUACCUCACUGAUACUGGUACUGGUACUUAAACUGGUACUGAUACUGACAAAACAUCAACAAACUAAAUAAAUAAAUAAAUAAAGUUUAAUUAGAAAUUUGCAGUAUAAACGACAUUUUUAUUCAUUUGUAAAAAAAUGUAUUCAUUUUUAUAUUAAGUUUAAAUGAAUAAAGAAUUAAAUGUUGUUUCCCCAA